AUGACCAUGAAGCUGUCCCUGGAGGAGGUGGUGAGGCAGCACUUUGGGGCCGGGCCCAAGGAGCGCCCCCAGGAGCUAGACGCCAACCUGCGGCGCCUCAAGGCCGAGCACCUCAAGGCCCGGGGGGAUGAGGCCAUCAAGCAGGGCAACUGCCGGCAGGCCUGGGAGAGGCAAGCCCCGUACAGCGAGGCUAUCGACCUGAAGCCCGACAAGGCAGCCCUGCCCGCGCUGCACAGCAACCGCUGCCUGGCGUACAUGAAGGCGCAGCGGUACGGCGACGCGCUGCGGGACGCCGAGGCGGCGGCCCGACUGGCGCCGGGGUGGAGCAAGGCGCACUGGCGCUGCGGCACCGCGCUGCUGGCCCUCAAGCGCACGCCAGAGGCUGUGCUGGCCUUCCUGGAAGCCUGGCGGCUGGCGGCGGGCGACGCCAGGGCGGAGUGCGAGGGGCGGCUGCGCCAGGCGGUGCAGCGGCUGACGCGGGAGCAGCUGGGGCGCGGCAUCCUGGCGCUGAUGGAGGGCCUGCAGGGCGAGGGGCGCAUGGAGGCUCCACAAGUGGAGGAGGCGUCAGAGCAGGAGCUGGCAGAGGGGAUGUUCCGGCACCUGAAGGAGGAGCACAGGGGCCAGCCCAGGCCGGGGCCAUACUACAAACGAUACCUGGGCUGGCUGCGGGAGGGCUUGGAGCCUGGGGAGGCGUACAUACUGCGCGCGAUGGCGCACAUCCAGGCCCGCUGCUACCUGCAGGCGCGAGCAGACGCGCAGGCGGCGGUAGGGGCCCUCCGUAAGGCACAGCAGCAGCAGCAGCAGCAGCAACAGCAGGAGCAGGAGCAGGAGCAGGGUGGCGGCAAGGGCCCUGCAGGGGCUCGGCCUGCGGGCCAGCAGCAGGCAGCGGAGCCGGGCGACUCGCAGCGGGGGCAGGGGCAGGGCCUGGGUGCGGAGGUGCUGAGGUUGCAGCUGGCGACGGCAUACCACAAGCUGGGAGAGGCAUGCAUGGCGGAGCCCAACCAUGCAGACAUGGACUGCCGGCAGGCGGCCAAGGCGUUCCUGCAGGCUGCCGAGCUCGACCCCGGCAUGGACGGCCUGGGCGAGCGGCUGCACGACGCCAGCGAGAAGCUGAGCAGCAGGGACCUGGACGAGAUCCAGCUUGAGAUCUACCACGAGGGCGCCACCGGGGCCUCCUCCCGCAGGGGCCUGGGCACCGCGGGCCGCCUGCUGCCCGGCCAGCACGUGUUUCAAGCAGAGCUGCGGCUGGCCUUCCCCGCAGCCCGGGCCGCCGACUGCGGCUCCGCGGCGAGGGAGGCGCUGCGCGCGGGCCUGGCGGCGGCGGCGGGCGUCAGCCCCCUGGCGGUCAGCAUCGAGCGGGUGCUGGCGCCCACCGCGGCUCGGCCCCACCUGGAGGUGCUGGUGCAUGUGCAGAUGGGGGCCGACCUGCUGGCAGCCAACGAGCUGGUAAAGGCGGUUGGCGGCGCAGCGGGGCCAGACGGCAGCGCCAGCCCCACCAGCAGCUGCAGCGUGGCCAGCAACGAGGAGGAAAGCGACAUGGAGGCAGUCGAGCCUGAGGGUGCUGCUCAGGCGCCUGCGCCCGCAGAGCAGGAGCGGGAGCGGGAGGAGGAGCGGGAGCUGCGGCGCCGCCGGCUGGCUGCCCUGCUGGGCGGCGAGCAGGUGACGGCGGCGCUGGGGCUGCCAGACCCCCGGCUGUGCGGCGGCGAGAUCACGGACGUGACGCCCGCGUGCGCUGGUGCCAACGAGGCGGAGCGCGCGCAGCAGGAGGCGCUCAACAGGGCCGAUGCCGAGGUGGCGCCGGAGCAGGAGAGGCGCCUGGUUGUGCCCUCUCGCCCCAAGAUGGAGCUGGAGCUGCCGUACCGCAUGUACCGCCUGGUACGGGCCGACGGCUCGCUGGUGGAGCGCGUGGACAAGCACCCCUUCUGCAUGAGCCGUGUCUAUUAUGACGUGACGGAGAAGCCAGAAGAGGUGUGGGCGGAGCUGGCGGACGGCUCGUGCCGCUGGCGGCAGACGGGGGGCGAGGUGAAGGUGGUGGCGCUGCGGGUGCCCCCUGAGCUCCCCAACCGCCAGCUGGCAGUCGACAUACAGCCCUACUCGCUCAAGGUGUGGAACCGCGCCACCGGGGAGGUGUAUCUGGAGGGGAGCCUGGAGCGGGGCGUCGUCCCCGAGGACUGCUUCUGGACGCACUGCGGCGGGGAGGGGGAGGACGGGUGCGCCAUCUACCUGCGCAAGAUGAACCUUGAGGUGCUGAAGAAGCACUGGUUGCACUCAGAGAUGUGGUGGCCGCGCCUGUUCCGGGAGCACGGCGAGAUUGCGUGGGAUGAUUAUGAGAAGGAUUACAGUGACCUGCCCGAGGAGGUGCUGGACAAGCACAGGAUUCGUGAGGCGAUCCAGGAGCCGGCCAAGCGGAUCGAGGAGGCUGAGCGCACAAGGCGGGGGCGGCUGCAGGAGGUGGAGGACUUGCGCAAGCGCACGCGGCAGGAGCGCCUGAACGAGCUGCGCAGCGGCAGGAAGCUGAGCUGGGUGGAGCUGGACCGGGGCCUGCCAGCUGCCAGCCAGGCCUAG